AUGAGUUUUGAGGCCUUAACAGCCGAUAGCGGUAGUGCUCAUAACUUGGAGACGAAAUUCGAAAGCCUAAAACGGAAAUCCGAAUCCUUUACGUUCCGUUUCUUCAUUGAACUACUACCGAGCCAUCAUAAGCCUGGAAUAUGGCCAAAACUGAUAGGUUCGAGCACUUCGGGAGCACCAACCGGAUUGCGUCUUUUACCCUUUAAAUUCCUUUCUCCUCAUGCGCCGGUUGUGGCAGAGAUAGAGCCAGGAUGGUAG